AUGAGCUUGUCUCUCCAUGAAAGAAAGGAAAGAAUCCUCAAAAGACUGGAGUUUACCCUUGAAAACACACAUUCCAUCAUCUGUGACAUAAAUACCAGGCUAGAAAAAAUAGUUGACAAUUCAAAGGUCCUUGAGAGAGUUGUAGAUGCCUAUGAAAUAUGGUCCCGAAAAAACUCCUUCUGA